AUGGAAGCAAAACCAGGCUCCAAUUCAUCAAUCUCCGAUCAUCAUCAGCCCAGAAGUUUCCGUCGCCGAAUCGAAACCCCGGCAGCCGCCGAAACCCUACCGGAAGAAAUCAUCGAACAAAUCCUGCUAAAUCUCCCCGUCAGAUCCCUAUUGAAAUUCACCUCCGUUUCAAAAUCAUGGCGCUCGUUGAUCUCCAGCAACCGUUUCAUCGAAGCCCAUCUCGAAUUUUCGAGAAAAGACCCGAACUUUACCCAUUACAGGACGAUCUCAACCUUCUCGCCGCCCCGUAACGGCGGCGUGAAGCACUGCUCUCUCCCGUCACUGUUUAACGGUAACGGGCUUGCGACGGAUGCAGUUGACGUUGACUUUCCGUUUGACUUCUCCGAAAAAUCCGUCCGUGUUAUGGGUUCAUGCAAUGGGCUCGUCUGCAUAGUCACUCACGAGGCACAUUUGUUAAUAUUGCUGAACCCAUCCACUAGAAAGUUCAAGAAAUUGCCCGAUGUGUGUGAUAGGCUAAUGAACACAAUCAUCUGUGCUUUCAAGUAUGGAUUCGGUUUCGUUGAGUCGACUCGGGACUACAAGGUUUUGUUAGUUUGCUGCGUUUUUCGCAGAGACAGCAGUAGAUGUGAAACCAUGGUGAAAGUCUACAGUUUGACGACAAAUUCUUGGAGAAGAAUCGAGUUUGUCGUCGAGGAUAGAUACGGGUUUGAUGUUAGUGGGAUAUUCGUGAGUGGAAAGCUUCAUUGGUGCAAAAUAGUAAAACCCGAAUCAAAUUCAACGUUCGGUAUUGAUACGUUCGACUUAGGAAGUGAGGUAUGGGGAAAUGUGACUCAACCACCGAGUUGUGUCGAGAGCGGUUUUUACGUUUCGCAGUCUUUGGGAGUGGUCGAUGGAUGCCUUUGUGUGUUCUAUGAUCACCCGAGAAUCGGUGUGGAUGUUUGGGUGAUGAAGGAGUAUGGGGUGAGUGAAUCUUGGGCUAAAAUUGUGACCGUACCCGAUAUUCACCUUCCGUUAAUUUCGUACCCGUCGAACCAUAAACCGUCAUUGUGCGUCGGACCAAAGGGUCGAAUCUUGUUCGUGUUCGGAUCAAUUGUACUGAUCUACAACCCGAGAAAUAAUAAAUUUACGUGUCCCGACAUGAAGAACUUUGGUGGUUUCCUUCGAUCGCAUGUUUACUACGAAAGUUUAGUCCCACUUGUCUAA